CCAUUCAAACAUCGAAAAGACCCAAGCCAUUCGUUGACGCUUAUUCCGGAAAUACGAAGUCGUACGAGUUUGGCAAUUGACAACUAUUCUCCAAAAUGGCUUACAGAGGGGGAUCUGAUUGCAGAAUUUACGUCGGCAACCUACCACCAGAUGUUAGGCAAAGAGACAUCGAAGAUCUAUUUUCAAAAUACGGAAAUGUUCGCUACAUUGAGUUAAAAACUAGACGUGGUCCUCCAUUUUCCUUUGUAGAAUUUGAAGAUCCCAGGGAUGCUGAAGAUGCAGUGAGGAAGAGGGAUGGUUACAACUAUGAUGGCUACACAUUGAGGGUCGAGUUCCCUCGAGGAGCUAGGGGCCCCCCAAGUUUUGGAGGAGGUGGCGGUGGCGACAGAGGAAGUUUUGGUGGUCGUGGCGGAGGAGGCGGCGGCGGUGGAGGAGGCAGAGGCCCACCAUCCAGGAGAUCAGAGUUCAGGGUCCUUGUUUCAGGGCUUCCUUCGUCUGGCAGCUGGCAAGAUUUGAAGGACCACAUGAGGGAGGCAGGUGAUGUGUGUUACGCCGAUACUUACAAGGAUGGCACUGGCGUGGUCGAGUUCCUACGAAGAGAAGACAUGAAUUAUGCCGUACAAAACCUUGACGACUCAAAGUUCCGGUCCCACGAGGGCGAAGUAACAUACAUUCGAGUGAAGGAGAACAACAGCAGUGGUGGCGGCAGCAGCAGUCGAAGCAAGUACUCCCGGAGCCGCAGCCGAAGUUUCAGCCGCAGUCCUCGCAGGCGAAGGUCGCCAGCAAGAGGGUCACCAGAUUACUCAUCUGUACAGCGAAGGAGGCGAUCACGGUCCCGAUCCUGAUGACCCCGGGUCCCUGAUGUUGUAUCAUCGCUGGAAUCACAAACUGGGUGUGGUUGUCGUGUCAUUUCAUGAAAAUCAUAUUAUUAUUUUUUCGAUCAUAAUUUUGAGAAUGUGUUACAGAUACUGCUAUCGAGUUUAAAAAAAUGCAAUCAUCACUUAUUGUUGUAUUUUAGUGUGAUCUCAGAGCAUUUCUUCAAACUAGGCGUGGUCAAACUAGGCGUGGUCAAACUAGGCGUGGUCAAAAAUACAUUUCAACCUGGACAUACAACACUAUAUCUGUUGAGAACCGCCCUUUAAGACAUUAGGCUGAAUUUAUGAUGGCCCAUUUAUAUUUUGUCUCGUAAAAAAGGAAAUCCAUCUAAUUUAGUCAAGCGUGGUUACUGUUCUAUAUGUAUUUCUGGUUUCAGCUAUAUAAUAAAGGUUUUGAAAGAAAUGUUUGGUAGUGUAAAAUACGUUUUUACAAAGCUUAUACACUUGUAUUAAGAAUGCUUGUUCUAAGAUUCGGCCAGAAACACUUUUAAUGACAUUCAACUUGAGUCGAAGUCAAAUUUGAGAAAAUAUAUUCCCGUGUCUAAAACUAGCUUUGUAUAGUGCCAUGUUUUCCCUUGGAUUAUGUUCUUUGCAUUUAGUGCAUGCAAAAGAAAACAAGCAAAUGUAAUGGCUUUGUGGUCAAGUUUGCAAUGCUGUUGACUAUAUUAACCCUUUCAUCCCUAGGUCACUUAAGUAAACUCUACCCUGCAUUGAUACGGAUGAGUCCAUUAUGGUCUACAGUGAUGAAAGGGUUUAUUUAACAGUGUUGCUCAAAAUUUAUACCCUUCAAAUUUAGACCUCAAAGUUAAAGCACUAUACUCUGGAUUGAAAAAUUUCAAAAGAUCGGUGUCAUUGCUCUCGCAUUAAGGAGGAGUGCCUUAUGAAAUGGAAGAUUUCAAAAGAGACUGCUUCUUGUAACAUCAUGUUUCAAUAACAAUCAUUUCUUACGCAGCCAUGGAUAAACAGUCCCGCUGUCAAUCAUUUGGGCAAGGGCCGUCCAUAGUGGUUCUGUCCAAUGAGGGCUGUGGAUCCUAGAGUGGGUCGCUUCCAAUUGGAUAUGAUUGACGCAGGGAGUGACUGUAUCUACUCCAGACAUCCAUUUCAUUGGAGGUGAUAUUGGUAUGCAAAUUUAUUUCAUGCAUAUCAUUACUUGGUAUUGUGUUGUCCUUCAGUUCCUUCCUUGAUUAUUCUGUAUUAAUACAUCAUGAAAUUGUUAAAAUUAUAUAGGGGGGAAAAAAGAAGUUUUGAAACAAAAUAAUUUUAAACUGUUGUAUACUAGAACUACUGGUACCCAAGUUAGUUAAUAUCAUUUUUUUUUUUCCAUAGAUAUUCUAUGUUAUCUCAUUCAGUAAAGUUUGGUUAUUCUGUGAAAAUGAAGAAGGAAAACUUUUAUCCACCUUUUAAGUUAAGUUUGAAGCGAACUUUAAUCAAUUUUUCAGUUAUGGUCAUUUUAGACCCAAAAGCAAUGGUAUAAUUCAAUGUUUUCUGUGAAAAAAAUUGUAGAAAGAAUGGUAAGGAUUUUUCUAGCGAUUCAUCUUUUAUAUCAAUUAUUUUUCUUAUGAAUAAUCGUUGUCAUUUGAAGUGACAUGUAUGCAGGUAGAUUUGGAGACAUCUUAUAAAAAUAACUAAAGAUCAGUUUCUUUCAGUUCUAAAUAUUUACGAAUAAUGAAAAGGUUUAAGACAUCAUUUAAAGGUUUAAUUAUAAAAAAAAUUGCAAUUACAGUUUCUUUAACCCGUUCACCCAAGAAGACACAUUUGAACCCUUCGAAUUCAUAGGUUGGAAUUGUUCAUUAUGAAAUUUCAGUGGUGAAUGAGUUAUAUCAUAUCAAGUUUUUUGUUUUGUGACAUUUUGUGGCACUAUUAAAAUGUUUGUCUUUGUAUUUUUCAACACUAAGGUUUUUGAAGUUGGAAGGAGUGGGAUAAGAUAAUGGAAUGGAUGGAUUUAGGAUAGGGAAAUUGGAUAAAAGAUGGAUUUUGGACCGAAUGGAGAUAGGAGGAAAAUAAAAUUAGGAUUUUUUUCCUUCAGUAUUUCGAAAAUUGUUUGGAAAAAGAGGAUAUAGGACCGAAUGGAGAGUAGAGGAGAAAAGUUUUUUAAAGGAUUUUUCUCCUUGAAAUUUGGAAAUAAUUUGGAAAAUUGGAAAUAGGACCGAAUGGAGAUUGGAGGGAAAUGAAGGAUUUUUCUCCAUAAUUUGGAAAAUUUGGGAAAUUUGGAUAAUAAAUGGGACAGAUUGGAGGAAGGAUGUCCCCCUUUUAUUUUUUUGGAAAUAGUUUGAUCAGUUGAAAUAGAGGAUAUGGAUUUUGGACCGGAUGGAGAUUUGAGGAAAAAUUCUGUAUGACAUAUUUUUUCUGAAAUUUUGGAUAAAGUUCUGGAAAUAUGAAGUAAAAUGGAUAUGGGAGGGACCGAAUGGAGAUUGGAGGAGCUAGUUAAGGACAAAAUUUAUAUUUGGAAAUGUAUGGAUUUUGGACCGAAUGGAGUUUUGAGGAUUUUGUUCUUCAAAAUUUGGAGAAUCGUGGAUAAAGGAACCGAAUGGAGAUCAGCAUUUGGAGGAAAAGAUUUUUUGAAAAAAUUAUUUUAGCUUACUUUGCAACAUUCUUUACAAUGUUAUUUUGAUAUGAAGAAAGGGUAGACAUGGAAAGAAGAUUGGAGGAAAAGAUUUGCUGGAUGGUAUUUUGAGGAAAAGAUUUGAUGGCAAACCAGAAUUGUAUUUGAGAAAAUAUGUUCGAUUGUACAUGUAUUUGGAUAUCAUCAGAUGAAAAAAAUCAGUCUGAACAUUAGGAAGAAUAGUUCAAAAUUGUUUCAACAAUGAUGUUUCUUUUUGUUCGUGAAGGUUAUACGUAAAAAGGUUAAUCUAGAUUAAAGAAUGAGGGCUGGGACCAAAUGGAUGAUGGAAAGUCGAAGAGUAAGGAGAUUGACACCUGAUAAUAUUUCUUCUUCAACGGUAAACAUUAAACUCAAGAUAUUAUUGGGUGUAAAUUAGGGCCCAUACAUCCAUUCUUACAGUUGUUUUACUUAUGAAUGCUCAAGAUUUUAAACUUGUUGUUCCGAUAUAUAUAUGAAUUGGGGAAAAUUUAGAAUUGAAGAGAAACAGUCAAUUUAACAAUUUAUGCAUAGAACAAUUGUUUAAAAUAUUUUGUCACGGAGCUUCUUUUUUUUUUUAUCCCAAAGGACAAUUUCCCACAGGCGAUAUGUUGACCGUGUUUUUAUAUAUAUGUAGCUAUUUUUAUUCAGAAAACUUUUUUUUUUUUAUUGUAAAAACUCAUGUACCCAGGAUUUUAGAAAAUGUGGAAAUAUAUUUCUCCCUGAGGAACAACAGAUGUGACAGUGACCGUACAUGGAUUCAGGGCUAAAUUGAACACGGACUAUAUGGAAACCCACUGGAUUGAUUGAAGGGGGAAAAGGACUAGUUCAAAUUGAUCAGGAAAAGUGAAAAAAUGACUUAUUUGGAAACAUGGAUCAUCCGACACGUUUUUUUUUCAUACAUAGUUUUAAUGUACAUUUUCAAGAAAUGUGUAAAAGACUUUUUAAAAAAGUUAUCUAGGUUAUCUUGAAAAUGUCAAGAUUCAUUUAUCAUUCACAAUUCACAUUUUAACAUUGUCCAUAUUUUAAUUGUCUUUUACUUCAUUGUUUUUUUUUCUUUUCAUUUGCUUCAUGGUAUAGAAUAAAGAGUAUUUUGUUGA